GUGGGCAAGUGUGGGUGAGUUCGGCACAUCCCCCACCUGAGAGAACACAACUGGAAGGAUCUCUGUGGUCUUAAUGGAGGGCAGUCAACAUUAUUACAUGAACGUUUCAGAUGUCAUCUGCUUUGAUAUUUUGGUUUCAGCCAUGAAAGCAGAAAAUCAAAGUUUUGGGACGGAUUUUCUACUUGUUGGUCUUUUCCAAUAUGGCUGGACAAACUCUCUUCUCUUUGUCGUCGUUGCCACCAUCUUUACAGUUGCUCUGACAGGAAAUGUCAUGCUGAUCCACCUCAUUCGAUUGGACACCAGACUCCACACUCCAAUGUACUUUCUGCUCAGUCAGCUUUCCAUCAUUGACCUCAUGUACAUCUCCACCACGGUGCCCAAGAUGGCGGUCAACUUCCUCUCAAAGAGUAAGACCAUUACAUUUAUGGGCUGUGAGAUUCAAACGUAUGUGUUCUUGGCCCUUGGUGGAACUGAAGCCCUUCUGCUUGGCUUUAUGUCUUAUGAUCGCUAUGUAGCUAUCUGUCACCCUUUACAUUAUCCUAUACUUAUGAGCAAGAAGAUCUGCUGUCUCAUGGUUGCAUGUGCAUGGGCCAGUGGUUCUAUCAACGCUUUCAUACAUACAAUGUAUGUGUUUCAACUUCCAUUCUGUAGGUCUCGGCUCAUUAACCACUUUUUCUGUGAAAUUCCAGCUCUAAUGUCAUUGGUGUGUCAGGACACCUCCCAUUAUGAGUAUACAGUCCUCCUGAGUGGACUUAUUAUCCUGCUGCUACCAUUCCUGGCCAUUCUGGCUUCCUAUGCUCGUGUGCUUAUUGUGGUAUUCCAGAUGAGCUUGGGAAAAGGACAGGCAAAAGCUAUUUCCACUUGUUCCUCCCACCUGAUUGUGGCAAGCCUGUUCUAUGCAACCACUCUUGCUACCUACACGAAGCCACACUCCUUGCGUUCCCCUACACGGGACAAGGUGGUGGCAGUAUUUUACACCAUUAUCACACCUCUACUGAACCCAUUUAUCUAUAGCCUGCGAAAUAAGGAAGUCACAGGGGCAAUGAGAAGACUGUUGGGAUAAUGGAUAUGCCAUAGAAAAUAGGACUUCAGAACCUUGUAUUGAUUGAGCAUUAACAACAUUAAAAGCUAUUCCUGAAAACUAUCUGGAAAGAUGUAAAUAAAUGUUUUCUGUAUAGAAGUCGCAAAAACAGUGUUUGUCGAACUUGUUUAACUUCUAAAGCAGUAGAAUUCAGCCUUUUCAACCCAGUGUUACCCUGGCAUUUUAAUAUUUUGACUUGCCGUCUUGAAUAUCUGAAAUGUGAACCAUAAAAGUAAAAUCUACCCAAACAUUUAACAUCAAGAUAAUCUAUAUAACAACCAAAGUUAAUAGAAAAAUGCAGAAUACAUUCAUUCAUUCAUGCACUCAGGUGUUUCAAUGCCUUAAUUUUGUA